AUGACUCCGACCGAGGCGACCACCGAAUUCAACGGGGCUAAUCAUUUACCAGAUGCGUUGUUUUGGCUGGUUAUUGGGCCGACCAGAGACCCGUUGGGAGUUUGGCAACUGAACCGGUCGGGUCUAUACCACGGGCCUCAUCCGGGCCAGGCCUGA